AUGGGAGGGGGAGGAGGAGGAGGAGGAGGAGGAGGAGAAGGAGGAGGAGGAGGAGAAGGAGGAGGAGGAGGAGGCGGAGGCGGAGGAGGGGGAGGACCGAACACCUCCAAGUCUGAUCAAUUUCGAACUCACCGUGACCCUUCCUUAAGAGACCUGAAGCAAUGUUUAUAUUUACCGAAACAUUGGAUUCUUCUUCCUCUUCUUCUUCAUCUUCUUCAUGUUCCAGGCAAAGGCGAGACUUCCAUCCAGACGCGGCGUCUUUGCGACGAUCCGGCCAAUAAAUACAAACAAUAA